AUGUCACCUAUUCUCUCUUAUUAUGCUGAGUGGUUGAAAUUAGCCAGGGCCGUAGCAUGGCUUAGAAGGUUCAUAGAAUUCCUGAUGGUACUUCGUUCACCGAGUUGUGAAGGAUCCGUUCAUCUAGGAGGUUUAAAGGUCAAGGAGCUUGACAUCGCCAAGAGUAAAAGUUUAUUGAUGGUUCAGAAAGAAGUGUAUGGAGAAAUACUUAGUGGAUUUAGAAACAAUGGUAAAUUAGUUAGUCAAAAUGAUCUGAAGAGCUUAUCACCGAUAAUGCUGAAUGAGUUACUCUGUGUUGGAGGUCGGCUAAACUAUUCAGAUUUCCCAGAUGCCUUUAACCAUCCGAUAAUAUUGCCCAGUCGACACUUAAUGACAGAAAUGAUAAUUAGACAUUAUCAUGAGGAACCAGGACACAUAGGAAGGUCAUUAGAUAAAGGAUAUAGAUAUGUGUUUACUUGUUUGCAAACAUGGGCAUUACAUAUUGAAAUGAUGUGUAGUUUGAUUACUGAUUCAUUUAUGAUGGCCUUAUUACGUUUUAUUGGAAGGAGGAAACCUCCUGAGAUUUACAGUGACGGUGCGUCAAGCCUCGUGGAGGCAGUUUCUGAGUUAAGGAAGUUGGUGCAACAGUCGAAUCAGCAGAAGAUAAAUAUUGAAUUGUCAGCGAAGCCCUCAUCCAACAGCAUGGGUGGAGUUUGGGGAAGAGUGAUUAGGUCUAUAUGA